AUGGGAUCUCACACGCAGUCCAGCAGCAAGGAGAGUCAGAGCAACGCAACCAUUCCUCCAGACUCGGUUUACACUCAUUGUCUCAAGGUUUUUGCCUACAUCCUUUGGCACUCUCGUCACAAUCCAGGAGCAUUCUCGAUUCGUUCUCGUCUCUUGAGUGUCCUGCUGCCAACAAUCACAUUACUUCUACGCCCAUCUCAGAUGCCUCCAUCGACGAUACACUCUAGUGACAUAGCACACUUGCUUUCCCUAGCAGCUAGCUCACCUGCGUCCUUCAAGGAGGCCACUACUCAGCUGGAUCCCUCUGUGCGGGAAGUGCUCAAGAUGUCGAUUCGGAAUGUUGUCAAAGGCGCGGCAGGCUCAGUACAGCAGAGUAUGAAGCCGCAGAUCUCUCUGAGAUUAUUUUGA